CUAUUUCUAAACUAAAUGCUGUCUUGUCUACUCUCUCUCUCUAGAAUAUAAAUGGCCCCUCUUUUCUCUCUCCUCUCCUAUAAUUCUAUUUCUAAACUAAAUGCUGUCUUGUCUCCUUUCUCUCUCUAAGCGUCUCCAACAACUUCCUCUUAACUUACAUUGCAUUUGACCCUCAGAAAUCUCGUUUGUUGUCCGAUGAAUGCGCGUCUCGCUCUCCUCUAAACACCCGGUCUUCACGCCCAAACCAAACCCUAACCCUAGAAUUCAAGGUCGCCUACUCACCACCACAACGCGCGCUUCAGGUGAUUGUUUCAUGCCAGAUUAAUUUUGAUCAAGACCCUAGAAUUCCAGUUGUUUGAGCGUCAUUGGAGGGAAAUCUGUUGAAAACCUGGGUUUCGCAGUGAGUUCAUCAUUCACAAAAUUUGUAACGGUAGAAUUGUGAUCAAAAGCUUGAAUUCCAGGCUAUUUUUGCAGGACCUGGACCUCACGUUCAGGUGAUUGUGUUUUUGGGUAUGUUUUGGUAGAAUUGAUAUGCUGGCCCUGGAUUUCUAGUUGAAUUUGCAGCAAUUGGGUGGCGGUUUCAAAAACCUAGAUUUUACAGUCAAGCUUUUUGUAGUAAAGGUCAGGAAAAAGAUUGUGAGUGAUUGGAGAAAAGUCUUAGUGCCACAAUUAUGUUUUCUAUUUUAUGAUGAAGGAGUUAUGGAUUGGAUGGUUAUGUUGUUGAAUUUGGAGUUGAAGGGGCCUUUUUCAUGAGAAAUAAUAGUACAAAAGGCAAAUGAUUUCAAGGAGGCUCAUCCGCUUCCUUAUUUUGAGUCUACAAUGAAAAGCUUUCUUAACUUGUAGUCAAAAGGAUCAUUGAUCAUUCCAAAUGUUUGGAAAACCACAUAAGCUGCGGAUUCUCUCCCAUUUCAUGGUAUUGAAUGGGAGGAAUUCAUAGGGUUUGUCUCAGCUUUUGAAAUUUGUAGUUCAGGUGAAAUAUAUCUAAAUAUUAUUGUGAGAUAUCUCUUGAGUAGUUCAAAUGGUUUAAAGAGCCUGGAAAUUGUGGAUAAUUGUGAAUAUUUGAUACUUUUUGGGCCAUAUAUUGAAAUUUACCAAGGACCAUGCAUUUUAUUUAAGAAAUUCGAGUUCGAGCAAUCGCCGGAGGAGACCAAGGGGGUGGAAUACCCCCCUAAUCAGACGAAAUGGUCGGAGUGACGGAGAUUGUGUUUGAGCUUCUUGUUCCUUCUUGGUGGGAGAUUAAGGUCUCAUUAACUGCUGCUUUGUUUGUCAUCAUCAUCUACUAUUUAUUCACGAGCUUAUCUUCACAUGAAGGACAGGAAGCAGGUGAUGGAUCUGGGGUGAGAGACCUGCUUCUUCGUCCUAUUACCUCGGAUGAUAAAGGCAAGGAGAUUGGCCUAUUGAGAGUAGACUCUGGAGGUCCAUUCUUUUAUCUCAUUAAGUUGGAACUGUUGGCUGCCAAGAACCUGAUUGGUGCAAAUAUAAAUGGGACCUCUGAUCCUUAUGCUAUGAUUACUUGUGGCUCGCAAAAACGAUUUAGUUCAAUGGUUCCUGGUUCAAGGAAUCCUUUGUGGGGGGAGGAGUUUGACUUCUGUGUAGAUGAACUUCCUGUUCAGAUUAAUGUGACGAUUUAUGAUUGGGACAUAAUUUGGAAAAGCACAGUUCUUGGAUCUGUAUCAGUUGUAAUUAAUGGUGAAGGUCAAACUGAAGCAACCUGGUACACAUUGGAUAGCCCUUCAGGACAGGUUUGUCUGCAUACAAAAACCAUUAAGGUCCCUGUCAAUGCUUCAGGGAAUCUAAAUGGCUUCGCUGCUGCCGCUGCUCGUCGAAGACUUACUUUAGAUAAACAAGGGCCUACUUUUGUUCAUCAAAAACCUGGGCCUCUGCAGACAAUAUUUGAUCUCCCCCUCGAUGAGGUUGUUGAUCAUAGUUAUUCAUGUGCACUUGAGAGGUCAUUUUUAUAUCAUGGCCGUAUGUAUGUCUCUGCAUGGCACAUUUGUUUCCAUUCUAAUGUGUUCUCUAAACAAAUGAAGGUGGUACUUCGAUUUGAAGAUAUUCAAGAGAUAAAAAGGAGUCAACAUGCAUUCAUCAAUCCUGCUAUCACUAUAAUCCUUCGUGCAGGUUCUGGAGGUCAUGGUGUGCCUCCUUUGGCUAGUCCAGAUGGUAGAGCCAAGUAUAAGUUUGCCUCAUUUUGGAAUAGAAAUCACGCACUUCGAGCUUUACAAAGAGCAGUAAAGAACUUUCGUGCAAUGGAAGAGGCUGAGAAGCAGGGUAAGGUACAAUCUGCAUUGCGUGCUCACAGCAGUUCUUUGCAAAGAACUAGUGAAGAGAAUGAAAUUCCAGCAGAUAAUCUGCCUAAGGAUGGAAAGUUGCAGGCCUUUGUAAAAGAAGAUGUUUUAGUUAGUAUAAUAAAUGAUGAUUUUCCAUGUACAGCUGAACAGUUUUAUAUUGUACUGUUAAGUGAUGAAUCAAAGUUUACAGAUGAAUACCGCAAGGCACGGAAGGAUACAAAUCUUAAGCUUGGGCAGUGGCACAUUGGUGAACAAUAUGAUGGGCAUGUUAGAGAGAUAACCUUCAGAUCAGUAUGCAAUAGUCCAAUGUGUCCCCCAGAUACAGCGAUGACAGAGUGGCAGCAUGCCAUCGUAUCUGCUGAUAAAAUGACCCUGGUGUUUGAGACAGUACAACAGGCCCAUGACGUGCCUUUUGGUUCUUAUUUCGAGGUUCAUUCCAGGUGGAUUGUAAAGACCAAAUCAGAAUCCUCUUCCAAUCUCGACAUCAGAGUCGGGGCACAUUUCAAGAAAUGGUGUGUGAUGCAGUCUAAGAUAAAGACUGGGGCUGUCAAUGAGUACAAGAAGGAAGCGGAAUUGAUACUAGAUGUUGCUUGUACAUAUCUAAAAUCUUCUGCAACAACUCAGGACCAAAGGAAUGAAGAGGCUUCUAAUCUUCAGAACACAACACAAACCGUUUAAAGUCACCGGCAGUCUCAUAAUUUAGAUUUUGCAGAUCUGUGAACACGAGAAAUAGAUAGUCCAAAAAGCAUAUAAGAAGAUAGACAAGAUCCAUGAUUGUCUAGGUUCAGAUGAUUGAUUUGCUCCUACACAGGACCUGCAUUUUGCACAGAUAUUUGAGGUUUAGCUUUACAAAGCCGCCCUACAAAAUAAAUUUCUUCAUUUCAAAAGAGGUUCAUGUUAUGCAAUUACAGAGGGAAGUGCACUGAUGAAAUACUACAACGAGCAUCUCAUUGGCCUGCUUUUGUGGAUGAAUAGCAAAGGAGUCGUUACGAAAAGACCGAGCUUGACUGUAUAGACCAGCAGUGUUCAGGUAUUUUAGCUCACCACCUUUGGCAUUGUUUGUCAAAUUCUGAGGGUGAAAAAAUGGCAUUUCAUGGAUGGGAACCUGGCCCUGGCAUUGUUAGUGUAAUAACUUUUUUGUAUCUUAAAAUUAACCUGCCUUGUAGCAUGUGUAUUCGAGGUUUUGGAUACAAAUUCAAUCAAUCAUUUUGAGAGUUGGGAAAUCAA